UACUAUAUCAGUAUACUUGUUCAGUCUUGAUACUCUCUCGGAAGACGAUGGCGAUUAGCACACGCAACCGGAAGGGCGACUCGAGCGACCACCGCUCCCCACAUCGGAGUGGUCGGAGGGAGCCCGGCAACGACGAGAGGCGAACGGUGGACGGGAGAGAGGCGUGGCCGGCUCUCUACAUCCCCAACCUCUUCGCGGCGGGGUUACUCUGCUAUCACCAGGGGACGGUGUUGAUCCAGAGGGAGGUUGGCCGGGUUCUCCUCAUUGAUGCGGAGAACAGGUUGAUCGACAGCCGAGGACUGCAAGACGGAGAGAGAAAAAACCCAAGGCAAAAUCUACUGAUGUUCGGGGCAAGGCUCAUCGAGCAAGUAGCAAGUGAGGUCUACAAAGCAUCGCAAGGGUGGAGAGCUGGAGUCCGUCGACUGAUGAACUGAAGCUACGCUACCUGAAGGCUUGAUUUUACCUUUCUUGAGUAGUUCGAUGGAGGCUGCGCCCUCGCUUAAUUGGUCGUCUGUGACCUUUUGGUUGUGCUUUAGAAUUUAUAAGACUUUGCCGAGCUCUCGGUCUUUGAGUUCUUCGGUGGUUUGGAGUAGAUCUGUUGGAGUAGGUUGCGCGUCUGUAGUUUAACUGAAUCUGGUGAUGGCUUUGUUAAUGAAAUCGGAGCCCCCCCUCUUUUGUUCAAAAAAAAAAAACUUGUUCAGUCUUUC